AUGCCACGAUUAACACUCAUCUGGGACUUUUCCGUUAAUCGCGCCUACCGUUUGGAGUGGCGGCAAAUUCCAGCUAUUUUUCAGCAAACAGUGGACCCUAUAUUGAGUGGCCUUAAUGGAGUUGGUGGUAUCCUGGAUGACUUAAUCGUAACGGGUCCAAACGACAAAGAGCAUAUUCGCAGUCUGGAAAACACUCUUAAACGUUUGGACAGCAUGGGUGUGAAAUUGAAAAAGUCAAAGUGUGUGCUUAUGAAGCCUUCCGUGGAGUAUUUCGCGUUCGUGGUGGACCGGCACGGAAUCCAUCUUCAUCACCUAAGACCUCUCACUUUGUUGCUUGGUCCGAAACGUGGUAUUCCGGUGCUGGCCGCGUCCCGCCUCCAAAGUUGGGCUAUUCAGUUGUCCGCCUAUCAGUAUGACAUUGAAUACAGGGCUUCCAAGGAUCAUGCCAACGCUGACGCACUGUCUCGAUUGCCACGAAAGACCGUCGAAGAGCCGGAUGAUUGGAACAUCGAAGCUGAUCAAGUUAACCGCGUUCAAAUGCAACGAGCUCCAAUCACUGUGUCACAAAUCCGUGAGGCCACACGUGGGGAUCCAGUUCUUUCUCGUGUGAUGCAUUGCAUUCUGCAUGGUUGGUCAGCGGAAAAAUGUAUUUCAGAUGAGUUUAAGAUUUAUUACAACAAGCAAGACGAGUUUACCGUGGAAGACGGCUGUAUCCUUCGUGGUACCAGAGCAGUGAUUCCGGCCAAAUAUCAGGCUGCUGUUUUAUCGGAGUUGCAUUUGAAUCAUCCCGGAAUGGUCCGUAUGAAGUCUCUAGCCAGAUUGCAUGUGUGGUGGCCCAGCCUUGAUCACGAUGCGGAGCAAACAGUGCGAGAUUGCCAUGCCUGCCAAGCAAAUCGCUGUAAGAGUCCAGAGAAAGUCAGCAGUCCCUGGAUCUGGCCCACACGACCUUGGCAGAGGAUACAUGUCGACUUCGCCGGUCCGUUUAAUGGUCAGAUGUUUCUGAUUGUAGUGGACGCGAAAUCAAAGUGGAUUGAAGUAUUUCCAAUGUCCUCGACCACUGCAUCAACGACCAUUCGAGCCCUGCGUUUCUUGUUUGCCACACAUGGUCUACCAGAGGUCAUCAUCUCCCAUAACGGUCCACAGUUCGUUGCUCAGGAAAUGAAAGACUUCCUGAAGUCAAAUGGAAUUCGUCAUUGCUUAUCCGCUCCUUACCAUCCAGCCUCCAAUGGUGAAACCGAGCGAGCCGUAAGAACUUUUAAAGAGUCAAUAAAAACCAUGAAAGAUGAGCCCGGAACCCAAGCGGACAAAUUAGCACGUUUGCUUCUGAGUUACCGGACAACCCCUCAUACAGCUACUGGAUGCACUCCUGCUGAGAUCCUGAUGGGUCGUAGAAUUCGUACCCGAUUGGACGCCUUGCAUCCAGAUUUGUCGGCCGGGAUGUCUGAGAAAACUAAGCUUGGAAACCAUACCACACGUCGUAACUUUCUUCCUGGUGACCCAGUCAUGGUUAGAGAUUAUCGAGAUCGUAAGCGACCGUGGAUCAAAGGAGUUGUUCAAGAUCGCGUGGGGCCUGUUACGUAUCAUGUUAUGAGACGAACUGGAAACUGUAAGAUCUGCAACUCCUUUGAAGAUCAAGAGAAACCUGGUAGGAAGAAGAAGAGUAAACCUGGUGUAAAGCCCAGAGAGAACUCGACAGCUGGACCUAAGGAACAGGUAGAAAUGGUGAAAGGAAUGUCUAGUACUCUAAGCUUCCAACAAGAACCAGCCACACUCUCAUUCUCUGUGGAGGUAAAGAGUCUAGAAAGCUAUCGAGGAUCAGAACCUGUUUAUCCAGAACAGUUGGUUGAAAACAUCAAGCACGAGUACACGUGCCCAAUUUACAAAGAGCCCUUAGAAUUGGUUAAAAGGACCAGGGUAUGGAAAACAACUGAUGAGGUAAGAAGGAAAACUGCCAGACAAAGAUCAAAGGUAGUAGCAGAGACCAGGAUAACUUUGGGUGGUGGGGCAGGUGGUACCCAGUUGAAAGAUGAAAUGCGAGCAAUAGGCAGAAUGGAGAGGGAAGCACUUCUGAAGGGGGCCUUGGGAAAAGAUUUUAAAAUCACAAUUCCAAGAGGCGACAUCCUGGCAGUGAAAGCAGACCUUAGCGAAACCUGGUACAAAGUCAGAAAGCUUAGGAGGUUAAGAAAAGCAUGA